AUGGCAGCGCGUCCUGAGUUUACAGUCCGGCCAGCGUCACGCCAACCAAAGAAUGAUUCAAAAGAGGCAUUUCGGAUUUUCAUGUCCCCGGCUUCACUUCUUCAAGUUCAUCUAAUAGUUGGCGAACCGUGUCAAUUGCAGCUUGGUGAUGGCCCUACCAAAACCGCAAUUGCUUGGAAUGCUCCUGAAAAGGUCCAUGAUAAUGUUGUGCAGACAUCCAAGCUACUUCAGUCUUUAUAUGGAUUGAAAUUGGGGGAUAAAGUUACAAUCACUGAAGCUAAAGAGCCAUUAAAGGACAUAGGUUUGGUUCGCUUGGAAGAAUGCAGUGAUCCAGCUACGAUUUCAGAACAUGGAGAACUAUCAGACACUGAUCGGCUUUACUGGGAAUGGGGGCUGGAGCACCCACUGUCCCGAAACGAAAUACUAGCCGCAGGCAUGAUCAUCGAAUAUGAGCUGAAGAAGUGCCGUAGGGCUUUCAAGGUGGUAGAAUUUGAUCCUGGGAGCGACCCGGGGGGAAAUACAAUCGCGAGAUUUACUCCACAGUCACAAGUCAAGAUUGGAGGACCAAUAUCCUCUCCAGCAGCAGAAAAAGUGCUUCAAGUAGAUGCAACUGGCCUGGGCGGGCUUGCUCCGCAGAUUGAGCAGGUCAAUGAAAGAAUGAGAGAUUUUACUCUACGGGCGCAAAAAAUCAAAAUGCCAUCUUUUUAUAAAAGCAGUGGAGGAAUCCUUAUUCACGGAGCAAAAGGGACGGGAAAAUCCUCACUUUUGGCCAGGAUUGAGAGUUCGGGGUGGAGAGGGGUGUUUCCCGUAAAAACUUCGGCAAGCAGCAAAAUACCCGGAGAGGCUGAUGGGAAAAUUCGAAAAAUAUUUGCCGAUGCUUUGAAAUCCCAACCAAGCCUUAUCUCUAUCGAUCAGUUAGAUUUUAUAGCGCCAAAACGUGGCGCGAAUGAUGCCCCCUCUUUGGCCUCGAUUCUAUGCGAGGCCUUGGAUUCCAUUCAGGAUAGCCAUGUUCUUGUAGUGGCGUGUACAAAACAUCCGAAUGACGUGGAUGAUACCUUGCGGACUCCGCAUCGGUUGGGAAUUGAGAUCGAACUUCCCGUACCCACCGGAAAGGGACGAGCCGAGAUCCUUUGGGCGCUACGAGGAUCGGACGAUCAACCAUGCGAUAUGCUACUAGAAAAAAUGGCAGCGCAAACUCAUGGUUACGUUGGUGCAGACCUUUUUUCGCUACUUCAGCUGUCUUGCAGAAAGGCGCAGACAAGGCAGUUUUCCAAAUUAGACCAAAAUUAUCUUCGAUUAGAAGAGGAGAGUGUCGACAAAAAAGGGGAAGAGCCCGAGAAUGAUUCCAAGAUCCCACUUGUGAUAUCCGAAGAAGAUGUUAUAUCAGCAUUACAGGAAACGCGGCCUACGGCUAUGAGAGAAGUUUUCUUGGAGACUCCUGCUGUCAGAUGGAGUGAUAUUGGUGGGCAAGAAAAUAUUAAGCGGUAUCUUCAGAAGGCAGUUGAAAGGCCAUUAAGGUACCCUGAACGGAUGAAACGAUUCAAUAUUACUGGGAAGAAGGGCGUGCUACUUUAUGGCCCGCCAGGUUGCUCUAAAACCCUGACAGUGAAGGCUCUAGCCACAGAAGCUGGACUGAAUUUCUUAGCUGUCAAAGGCGCUGAGAUAUUGAGUAUGUAUGUUGGCGAAUCUGAGAGAGCGUUGAGGGAAAUAUUUCGUAAAGCCCGGGCCGCACGCCCUAGUAUUAUUUUCUUUGAUGAGAUUGAUGCUAUUGCUGCGCGGAGAGGGCCUGGCGUUCAAAGUGGUAUAAAUGUUUUAACGACUUUGUUAAAUGAAAUGGAUGGUAUCGAGGAGCUAAAAAACGUGCUCGUCGUCGCGGCGACCAACAAGCCAGAAGUCUUGGAUCCUGCAUUAAUGAGACCAGGAAGGCUGGACAACAUCCUAUACAUUGGGCUACCUGACUCCGUUGCGAGAAAGGAGAUCCUGAACAUAUGGUGCCGCAAGGCUGAUGUUAAUAAGGAGGUGGACUUGGAUGAACUAGCGGGCCAAACAGACGGAUAUUCGGGCGCCGAAUUGGUAAGUGUCUGCGAGACUGCUGCUGAUUUCGCAAUGGAUGAAGAGGAGGAAACUGGCCAGCAGUGCCAGAUUCAAACCGCGCAUUUUCUCAAGGCUUUGGAAACAGUAUCAAAACAGAUAUCACCGGAUGUGAUCCGGGAAUAUCAAAACUGGAGCAGAAGCUUUGGAAAUAAAUGA